CCAAUAAGGAGGUAAAAAAAAAGUCGACAGUGUGCUACUUGAAGGGCAUUCCUUGAAGGAUUUCCUCGCAAUUGAAUCAUCGUCUAAUCUAACCCCUCCCUAAUAUCCGCUAAGACCAAUCCGUGCAUCCGAUAAUCAUGCCCUCUAUCCAAGGCUCAACUGUGCUUAUCAUUGGCGGUAGUUCUGGCAUCGGCUACGGCGUUGCCGCGAAGUGCAUCGCCGAGGGAGCCAGAGUUCACAUCGCCUCGUCCAACGAGUUCAAAGUCAACUCGAGCGUCCAGUCCCUGAAAGACACAACCGCCGGCGGCGAUGCCCCAGUAUUCGGGCAUGUAUGCGAUCUAUCCAGCCGGGAUGUCGAACGGAACCUCGAGCAGUUAUUGAGCGCCGUCGACGGCCCGAUCGACCACAUUGUGUUCACAGCCGGGGACAGCCUUGCCAUCGCACCCCUGGACACGAUCAACCUUGAUAUGAUCCACAAGGCAGGGCAGGUCCGCUUCGCAGCGCCCCUGCUGACGGCAAAACUCGCACCCCGCUUCAUGAGACCGGGGUAUCAGUCCUCGCUCACCCUGACUACCGGGGCGGGCUCUGAGAGGCCGCAUCCGAAUUGGUCGUUGAUCGCGGGAUAUCUGACGGGCUUGCAUGGACUCACCCGCAACUUGGCUUUGGAUCUCAAACCGCUCCGUGUCAACUUGGUGAGCCCGGGGGCGGUGGUAACUCCUAUGUGGGGAGAGAAGGGUCCAUCAGACGAUCUGAAGAAUCAUACUACGCUCGGCAAACUCGGCACUCCCGAGGAGGUUGCUGAAGCCUAUGUCUAUCUGAUGAAGGACACCAAUGCCACUGGGAGUUGUAUCAGUACCAACGGGGGGUCUUUGUUGGUGUAGCGGGAAAGCACGCUUAAGGUCCGUCCUCUUCAGCAGGCCGUAGAUGAUCGGCUGAGGUAAAGCGAAUGCACAGUUCUCGCAGUUAAGAACCUCAUUGGUAACGCUCAAUUUUGGGUACCUCGUCAUUUUGUUUUGAUGCACUCUAUCAUAUCUCAAUUCGAAGUUUCGAUCGCGCAGGUCAUAGUGAGAAACAUUGUGCUUGGCUAUCGUGAUCAUAUAGUGUUCAAGAACAGUUGAGAUGCAAAUGCAGACCCCGCAUGGUUCAC